UUUUUUAUUAUAUUUUGCUUCAGCCGACAAUCUUGAGAAUUAAUAAGAGUUGUUUCUUCUUCUUUCUGGCUCACACAAGCAAGAAAAAGGCACAAGAAGAAAGAAGAAAGAGAGGUGAAAAGAGAAAGAGGUCGAUGGAGGCAAAGAUCCCAGUGGUGGAUUUCGAGAAACUUUCAACAGAUGAAGAUGAGUUGAAGAAGCUAAGAGAAGCAUGUGAGAAAUGUGGGUGUUUCAGGAUCAUGAACCACCCCAUUCCACUAACACUCAUGGCUGACAUGAAAUUAGUGGCUAAAUACUUGCAUGAUCUUCCAAAGGAAAUAAAAAUGCGUAACAAAGGCAUCAUCCCUGACAGUGGCUAUGUGCCAUCGACUGUAACAAGUCCUCUCUACGAGGGUUUGGGAAUCUAUGACAUGUAUUCUUCACCCCAUGCACUUCAAGAUUUCUGCUCCCAAUUGAAUGUGUCACCCCAUCACAGGAAAAUAUUAGAGGCAUAUGGUCAAGCAAUCCAUGAC